AUGUCGAAAGGCCUUAGUGAUGCCGAAUUAGAACGGCUAUUAUAUGCAGACUCCGAUGAUGAAAUAGGGGAAUUUGACGUAAUUUUGUCUGACGAUGAGGAAAGUGGCGGGGAACCAGAAAUAAAUGACGAGGAGUCGGAUCUUAUUGAAUGCGAGAGUGACAGUCAAGGCACAUCUGUGGAGCAGGAACAGCAAGAGUCUAUGGACGGUGGAAAUCUAUUUUAUAAAUCUAAAUAUGGUACCCAGUGGUCAAAAGUUCCCUAUCCUCAGACACGCAGAGGAGCUAAAGAUAUAAUAAAGAAUAAACAAGGUAUUACUCCGUAUAGUUCAAAUUUUACCACUGAAAUUGAAGCUUUUUUACUGUUCAUGUCAGACAAUAUAUUGAAUAUAUUAGUAGUUCAAACGAAUAGAAAAGCUGAAGAGGUAAUAAGACAAUGGAAUGAAAAAUAUCCACAUAAAUUGCAACGAACUUGGCAGCUUACCGAUUCUAUGGAAAUCAAGGCGUACCUAGGAAUCCUGCUGAUCCAAGGAGCGCUCCAAGCAACCAAGGAGCCGCAAAAAAUUUUAUGGUGUACAGAUAAGAAAUAUGUCAGGCGUAAGAUAAACGAUAAAUUGGCGCCAAUUAGAGUUUUUGAUUUGUUUGUUCAGAAUUGUAUCAUGGCCUAUUCACCUGGGUCACAUGUUACUAUAGAUGAGCAACUUGGUUCCUUCAGAGGGAGAUGUCCUUUUCGAAUUUACAUGAAAAGUAAGCCCGAUAAAUAUGGACUUAAAAUUUGGGCAAUGGCGGAUAGUAAAAAUUCGUACAGUAUAAAUUUACAGGGUGAGAGAGUGGUUCUGGAUCUUGUUGAUCCCCUUGGCACUGUAUAUGGAGUAACCACUGAUAAUUUCUUUACAAGUCUACCACUGGCAGAUAAGCUUGCUGAAAAAAAACUUAGCCUGUGUGGAACCCUCAGAAAAAAUAAGUCAUACAUUCCAAACGAGUUGCAACCCAAAUUAUUUAGGCCUGAAUUUUCUAGUAUGUUUGCAUUCACAAAAGAACAUACUAUUGUGUCUUAUACACCUAGGAAAGGCAAAGCAGUUAUUUUAUUGUCUACGGAACAUCAUGAUGAUACUGUUGCAGAUGAAAAAUAUAAGAUUAAUCCUCAUAUUAUACUUCAUUAUAAUGAUACAAAGGGUGCUGUAGAUACCACAGAUAAAAUGGUAAAGCAAUACUCUGCUCGCAGAAUUUACAAUCGAUGGCCAAUGGCAAUUUUUGGCCAAUUAUUAGAUAUUGCGGCACUAAACUCUUUUAUUUUAUGGGACAUCAAGUAUCCAAAAAUCAAAAAAUCUAAGGACGACCGACGAUAUUUUUUGCUUCAGUUAGGAGAAUCUUUGGUAAAAGAAUAUAUUGUACGAAGAUAUAAUAACUCAGGACGCUUGAGCAAGACGCUAAGGCAGUAUAUGCGCGAUGUUGUUCCAGACUUGGCGUCUCCUCCAGUUGAAAACCAAAAUGAAAGACUUGUGAAAAGUGGACGUUGUUAUCUCUGUGAUCGAAAUAGAGAUCGCAAAUCUAGACAACUUUGCAAGGAGUGUCAAAAUUUCGUAUGCGCGGAACACCAUGUAAAAGAAGUGAACAAAAACGCUUCUUUAUGCUCCAUAUUAGAAGACGACUACGCCCAAUAUGAACGCAAAUAUGAUUCCUAA